CCGGGUUGCCCCAUCUCUCCACUAGGGUCGCUCGGAACUCUUUUGUGUGUGCAGGUCCGUGAACGCAGCAUAAAGGCGAGCUGGGCUAGCCAUGGUGAUGUUGUGGCUGCAACGCUAAUUUUCCCCCUGUCGAUGAACAACUAGCCUGUUCGUGUAAAUGCUAGUCACUAGAAUGGACCUGUUGAACUCUCAGUUCCUGGACAAGAUGAACAAUAACAUCGGGAGACUGCACUACGAAGAUGAGUCCAGGACUUCCUCCUUGCCCACUACGAUGGCCAACAUAACUGGGCCUCCUCCACACUGCCCAAGCAAACGGAAGUAUGGCGAUGAACAAAUGGACGACCGGAUCAACUGUGACGAUGACCACAUGACCAAAAUGAGCAGAUUGUUUGCCACUCAGCUGGCCCGUCCCUCUGCUGGAGACAACCGCAACGAGCACUGGAGCCACACUCACACUCCUGUGGAGCAAAUCACUUCCUCCUCUAACGGUCUCCAUGGGAACCACCUGUACACUUCCAUUUCUGGCUAUGCUGUAGACCAGCCUCUGGCUCUGACCAAAAGCAGCCACGACGUCGGACUCGGGGGCAGAGAGAGGUCUGUGAUGAGUGGGACUGUUGAGCGGCAGCAGAAUCGUCCCUCUGUUAUUACCUGUGCCCCUGCGAGCAACCGCAAUUGUAAUCUGUCGCACUGCCACAUGAAUGGCUGCUCACCCAGCCCACCUGCUGAUCAGAGGAAGACCAAUGCUAACACCAUAAGCGACCCCGUGAUCGAGGAGCACUUCCGUCGCAGCCUUGGAAAAAACUACAAAGAAGCAGAGCCUGUGUCCAACUCGGUGUCCAUCACAGGUUCAGUGGAUGACCACUUUGCCAAGGCGCUGGGAGAUGCCUGGCUCCAAAUCAAGGCCAAGGGUGGGGGUCAUCAAACCCCAGAGGCAGAUCCAUGAAGUGGAGAGGAGUAAACACUACAAACACUCACUUUAGUGUUUGUAAACGAGAGUGGAGGUUACCCGCUGUCACUUCUUGCCAAGCAUCAACUACCCUUAGCAAAGAACAAUGUAAGACAUAUGGUGCUCACACACACUGUUCCCAUGUGGACCUCAAGGUCAGAUUUGUACUCUAAAAUUGGCAAAGUCUCUAUUGAAUAAGAGAAAAUGAAUAUUACAUAGUUGGGUUGACGUCAGCUGUACAAUCAUUGAUUUUAUUUUGAAUUGAUAAUGAGAUUCACAAACGGUUGUUAGGAGCUCCUGUUCUGUCGUACCUGCCUUGAUAGCCAAAGAAAUUCUGUCGUUCCCAUCAACCUAUAAGCCAUAGAUCUGGUCUUUAUCGUUUUCAUUCUAAACCCACACUGCUUUUUGAUCUUUAUUACUUGAAAAGGACAGCCAGGUCUUAUUUGCGCUACUACGUUUCUGGCCUUUUCCAGGCAGCAGGUUACCUGCUUCAGAUGGAAGUAAUGUGUUUUGAAAUUGUGAUAAUGCAUUUCAGACUCUGGUCCCACCCCCCCCUGCUUUCUGAAGACACUACACCAGUUUGUCUUCUUUAUGAUCCUGAACUGGACUCCACUGUUAACUAAAUAAUUUUAGUUUCCCGUCUAUAUGCUCACUGUGGCUGAUUACUUAGUAAACUAAUAUCAAUCAUAGUAGAUGUGUCUAGCUAGAAAGCAUGUUUCAAAUAGCUGGUUUCUAUUACAAACCUUAUUCUAUACAAUAUAUUUACUCAGAAUUUAUUUUUUAUCUGUAACAUUUUAGAAAUACUCACUGCUGGUACAGUUGUACUCAAUAUAUUUUUUGUAUCUGGUUUUCAGUACUAUAUGUAGGUGUAUAUCUUAGCAUCCAUCUACAAAUCACAGCCUCUGGCAAGGUUGUCUGAAUGCAGUUUAAAAGGCGAUUAUUGCUUUGUUAUUCUGUGGAGCUGGAUGCUAUAGCUUUAUGCGUGACUGAAUACAGCUAAAUCGGACCUUCUGUAACGCAGUCUAUUAGCGGUGGCUUUAUUUAUUCUGAACAUGUCGAUUGUUUCAUGUUGACUCUUGGCAGAAAACACAGUGACCACCAGUCACUUCCAGCCAAUUCCAACUUUGAUUUGUCCUUAAUUCAGGAGUAGGCAUCAGCAUUCCACCAUGACUGCCUGACAACACUUAUCAGUCACAUCGGUUGUGUUUAGCGAGCAGUUUGUUUGUCUUUUUUUUUUUUUUUUUUUUUAAAUCAAGGUGACGUCAUGGUGUGAGCUGCAAAAACCUUUUUUAUUAUGGGGAAAAGGUGUAAGUGAUUUGUUUAGUUUUAAAUUAAUUUCUCACCCUUCUGAAAUUCCUUACUUAAAGUAGCAUAACCUUAUUUGUCAACACUGAUUUUAAAAUAUGGUAUUUAGAAAUUCAGAUUUUUUUUUGUAUGUCAAUUAACUGUCUGUGAAAACAUACAUUUGUAUUAAUAUUCUAUAGUUUUGAAAAUGUUACAUACACUAUCCUGUCUUUAUAUUUUAUUUUACGCAUAAGACUAUCAUUGCGCCGCGCGGAAUGAUCAUAGAUAUUUUGUUUCUAUUCAGAGUAGUAUACUCGUUUAGCAUGGACGCCCAUUAUCUUCUAGCCAUGCUUUUGUCUUUUUUAAAGGUUGAUUAUUUUUUUCCCACAAUUGUCAGAUGAAGUGCAGGAACACAAACAGUCUUUUGUUCAAAGACUUUCUUUGUACGGUGUCAGAAAGGCGUCUGUACUAACUUGUUUAACGAGUUUGUUUAACUUUCUGUGUGUACCUUUUAGUGAAUUUAGGGAUUAUUGUGGAAUCCGCUUGUUUGACACAAGUAGAUUUUUCAGUAAUAUGUUUGGGGUAUUAGUCCAUUGUUAUUUAAUUGCUACAUUUAGACUACCUGUAUCUCAAAGACUGUUUGCAGAAAGGACCUGCUCCAGGUGUCAUCCACAUAGAAAAAAAAAGAAAAGAAACAUGUUCACUUUUGUCCUUAUUUCUCUGGAAGAAAAUGCCACUGUUUUGUACUUAAUUUCUUCCAAAUAAACAUACAAAUACUUAA